AUGUCGGACCAUCAAUACAAGUUCAACGUCUCCAUGAGCUGUGGCGGCUGCUCCGGUGCCGUGGAGCGAGUCCUGAAGAAGCUCGAGGGUGUCAAAUCCUUCGAUGUCAAGUUGGAUUCCCAAACCGCCGACGUCGUUACCGAGCCGUCUGUGUCGUACGAUACCGUUUUGGCAACAAUCAAAAAGACAGGAAAGGCUGUUAACAGCGGUGAAGCUGAUGGUCAGACGAUGGCCGUUUGA